GUGAAAUUAAUGAGAUUGCCUGCACAUAAGAUACGAUGUUUGCCUUCAUUAAGCUCACAAAUCUGGUUUUUAUCGCGCUGUGCAACUUUCCAAUUGGUUUUCUCCAUUGCUGGGACGUUAAAGCGUUGAGCUUUUAUCAGACAGUUACGCGCGCGCUAUGUCGAUAUAUCGCUAAUUACUCUCAUUACAUUGGUAAGAGACAAAAUAUAUGGCUCAUUAAUAUUACAUCGCAAAAAUGCGCCGAAAGAAUUUCAAGGGAAUCUCGUCGAAAUUGACUUCUCGCUCGCUCAACCGAGCGGCAACUGUUGUAAAAUCUAUUUUUGUUGUGUCUGCGAGAUUCUCCUGCAUCAAUGUUAUAUUGUCGAGUCCCUCGGCAAGAUCCAGCUGUGUAAUAUUAUACAUGCAAAAUAUACGCUGGUCCAUCGAGAAACCGGUAAUCUAUCGGACUUAUUCGAGUGGCGCCAGCUCCCGUCCCCACGGAUGUUCUCGAGCUCUCUCGGUGAUACACGAUGAAAGAAAGCAAUAUCAGAGAUUCAUUUAUCAGUUGCCGUACGAAUGUCGCGUGCAAAAAGCAGUCGCAACGAUUACCGGUAAAUGCUAAUUCGUGCCGCUUUCUCGUGCUUCGAGGCAAUGUCACAUUUAAAAAGGAAAUGCGGAGAAAUACGAUGGCCAACGCGUGAAACGUUUCGUUGGACCUUUUGGAGUGUGCACGAGGAUCGCGUGGACGAGGAACGUCGAGCGAGCGGGCAGACGCGCGGGGGUGGCGAGGUGGCGGGUCUGGAGGACGUUGACGACUCCUGUGUCGCAACGGUGACGUCGUCGGUACCCGGAGCCGGCGGCAUCCGCUCGCAUCGACGCAUUAGGCCGCUCUCUCUGGCCGUGCAACCUCUCAACUACCAUCGCUUGGACCCGGACCAGAGACUGUCGGCGACGAUCGGCGCCAGACAUCACCCCAACAUGACCAGCCAGGAGAGCAUCGGGAGCUGCAGCCUGGACGUCGACCGCUCCGCGUCCGACCGAUCAGAGAACACCGUAGACUCCGUGUCGGAAAAGACGCUGCACAGUUUGAAUCUGUCAGCGUGCAACGGCGAACCGGUGUCGUCACCUGAGAAUUUGGCGAACGGCAGCAACGAAACGUUGCAGAAGUCGCAUCUCACCCCCGAUGAAAAGAAGCUGAAUGUGAGCAAUGUACGCGGCAGCCCGGAACCGGAGCAGGUGACGGCAGCGAAGAAACCAAGUUAUCUUGGACUGGCGUGCAGCAUAAGCGGCUACUCGGGAAUCACCAGGUACGACAGCAAACUGAGGGAAGGAUUCCGCUCGAGAGACAGCAGUCCUGGCACGAGGCUAAUCACGAGGGACACGAGUCCUGCAGGUUUCAGAUCCAACGAGAAUCUCAGCGUUCCGACGCUCCAACAUCCGCCUAAGAGUCAGUCGAUAUCGCCGCUAGCGAUGGACAGGCAAAACGGAUUUACGAAUGGUAUGAAGGAAGAGUGCAAGGUCGAGACGUACAUGGAGAGCAGAAGCUCGAUCAGCAUAUGUCAGGGUUAUUCAGAAGUCGAUAAGGGAGUAUCGUUACACACGACGUUUCCCGAUCUCAGUCCUAUCAGAAUGAGCACUUCUGCGACUAAACGGAGUCCCGGCUUGCCGCAGAUGAUGUCCUGCGGUCAACAGAACAAGUCCUACAGUACGGGUUUCUCCUCUCCGAAGCAGGGCGUCGCUAAUCUGUCAGAUACAUCAUUUAGUGAUGCUAGUAUUCUGAACGGUUCGACGGUGGAAGUUGAAAGUCAAGUGAUAAAUACUUCGUCGAGCAGCGAAAAAUCUUUUAUUCAGCAGCGAGUGGAGCGGCUUUAUGGCCCGGGUGCUCUGGCACAGGGUUUCUUCUACAAACGCAGUACCACUAAGCUAAACACCAGUGACAGUAAUUUCAAUAAAUCCAGUAAUAAUAAUAACAUGUCGGCAGACAACGCGAAUAUGGAAGAGUCUUUGAAAAAUCUGCCUGUUUUGCGACACCUGCGCCCGGAAUUUCGGGCACAGCUUCCCGUAGUUGGUAGUAGAAAACCUACGGACGGAACGGAACAAGUCAUAAAACCUCUACAAAGGAUAACACCGACAAGAAAAACCGAGCAAAAGAUUCCCACAACUACGAAUUCACAGAAUAGCAUAACGAGAAUUCCGAUUACCAUAGAAGAUGACGCACCGAAGCGCAAUAUUAGCAAUAAAAGCAUAUCCGAUCAACAGCCAGCGGCGCCGAAAGUAGUGCUACCUGUGUUAGAACCUAGCACCAGUUCGACGAAUAUAGCGAAACAGACUCAAGAAGCGGAAAAAGUAAUCGAAGAAAAAGAUGGUCAUUACUUUAUGAAGUUAUUAAAACAAGAGACAGAUAGGUUACUCUCGUUGGCCGCAUCUGCAGAGGCCGAAUUAGCCAGCGGUGACACCGUCGCACUGCCAGAAGAAGCAGCUGGUAAGCUACGAUCUGCUGCGGGAAAAGCCAAAUUGUUAGCUUCGCAGAAAAUGCAGCAAUUCGCAGGAUUAUGUCAAAAGAAUAUUAAUCAGGUACCGGGUGAAGAAUUUCCAACGACGAAUGAAGACUUAGCUGGCUUUUGGGAUAUGGUAAUGUUACAGGUUGUUCAAGUAAACGAACUUUUUGACCAGAUAGAAAAACUGAGGACGUCACAGUGGCAAGAGGUCGUGCUGGACAAGAAAGCAGCGUCAGCCUCGCAACAGAACGGUAAACGACGGGUCAUAUCGGUCCACAAAGCGAAGCCGACCGCGAAUAGCGAAGCAAAUAAAAAGGCGCGCGAGGCGAGAGAGCAGGCGCGACGACAAAUGAUCGAGGAGCGAAGACGAGCAAUGCGCUCUAAUGCACAGAAGAUCGAUAAUUCCGUCGAGAUCUUCGCUCCUGAAACGUAACGAUGAAUCGUUGCACAUUGAGUCGGAGCUUGAACGAGCGAUACGAUCACUCGGCAUUGCGCCUCCUAGGGAAUAUUAAUAUGUAUAGACUGUCAGCUCUCAAAUGCAGAAAGAUAGAGAGAGGGAAGAAGGGAGGGAGAGAACGAUUUUGUAUGAGAUGGCAACAUCAAUCAGCAAUCAGCUUUAGCAAAAAUCAAACCUGCUUGUUAUAAUUAUUCAUAUCCAAGAUAUCAUCUUUCGCGCGCGCGCGAAUUAUAUGCAUACGAGAAACGAGAAAGUAUUAAGCAGAUAUUGUGUAAUAUAUGUGUUGAAGUUGCAGAAAUUUAAUAUUAUUCGUGAGAGAGAGAGAGGAUAUAAAUACAUGCAAAAUAACAUGAAGAGCAGGAAUUUACGUUCCAUAAAGAUCUCUCAUUUUUCAUCGAGCUUUGACGUGUCACGUAUUAUCCCGAGCAUUUUAACGCAAUAACGCGAUACGAUGACGGUGCGUCGCCUUUUGUCCAUAAAGAUAUUUUAUAAACGCGAAACGUGAGAUAUUUACUAUAACACUUUACUUAUAGAAUUGUUUUUCUACAUUACGUAUCGCAGCGGGGGGUGGGGGGGGGGGCGAACAUUAUUAACUUAUAUUUAUAAAAAGAUAGUAAAUUGUGUGUGGGUGUUUAAGAACUGGCAAUUAAAAAAGGAACAUAUACAUACAGUUCUAUAAGCAUUCUCACCAAUGGGAGUCAGUCGUUUUUUGGAAGUCUAGAGACUGUCUAGGUUAAGGAGGGGCGGUGGAUGGAGAAUAAAGAGGUAUUAAAAGUAUUUAUAUAAUAUAUAUAUAUAAUGAUUCUGACGCAACACUGUUUUCUUGGCUAAACUUAAUUACGAUAAUUUGCAAUUUUCCUUAACCUAGGCAGUUUAUUACGUAGCUUAUGUAUGUAAAUAGAAUAUUCACAUUUGCACAAGAUCGACUCUAUGCCGAGCGUUCGCCUAAUAAUUUUUUCUAUCAGAUAUCAAUGAAGUUUUCUCGUUGAAUGAAAUGUCGUCAACAAGUAAGAGCAGGAGUAAAAAGAUUCCUAUUAUUCUUAUUAUUAUUAUCAUUGUCUCACAAUGCGAUUAAUAUUAUUUUAUUAUUAUUAUCAUUCUAAUUAUAAUUAUAUGCAAUUAUAUCUCCUCGUGUCUCUCGCACGAAACGUGGACGUAAAAAUUAAUCUCGCUCUCUUCUCAGCAAUUUUCUGCGCAAUGUUGUUUCUCCAAGUUUCGCGCGCGAGACUCCAACACGCCAGAAGGCUGACAUUUAUAAAAUGUUCGUGUUUGAUAAAUCAUCGAAUAUUGCACAUAAAUUCGAAACGUUUGUGGGAGAGAGAGAUACACUGGAUGUAUAUGGCAGAUGCGUCAAUAAUAUCUAUAUUAUUGCGGUGCGGCACACGCAGAUCGCCGCGGUAAUCCGACUGUGAUCGACAAACAUGUCACUUGAUGUCCAUGAUCCGCCGAAUUUGACAUUCCUCUGCGAUAAGAGCAUCUCUCUCGUCACAUCACGUCAAUCUCUAUUUGCAUAGUUAUAUGACUGUAGCGUUAUCGAUGGUCAGCGAUCAAUGGUCAGCGGUUUUAACAGCAAGUCAUCAACCAAAUAACACUCAUACUUUAAGUAAAUAAUCGCAUCGCGCGUUGUUACACACGAGUUGUAUAAUCACGAUUUCGUUAUUCGUUCCCGUUACAUUUUCCUAUCAUUGUCAAUUAUAUCUAUAAUUUUUCGAAAUUUUUGUAUAAAUUCGCUCAUGUAAUUAUUAAUUGUUGAUUCCCUUGGUGCCUUCAUUAUUUAUACUUAUGUAUAUAAUCGAUGGACAUGUAAGCCAAUAAUUUUUUAUGUACAUGUAUCUAUUUAAAUUAUACGUUCGAUCGAAUUUCAAACAAUCUGUUGAAAAAUAAUAAUAAAACGAAUAAAUUCCAUUAUUUAUCGAUC